AUGGCCACUCUUCCCAACUUUACUGUUAAGGACUACGCCUCCUUUGCCCUGGCUGGUGCCAUCGGCUGUGGUGUCACCCACGGUUCCAUGACCCCUAUCGACGUGGUCAAGACAAGAAUCCAAUUGGAGCCAACCGUCUACAACACUGGUAUGAUCGGUUCCUUCAAGAAGGUUGUGUCUGCUGAGGGUGCUGGUGCUUUGUUGACCGGUCUUGGCCCAACUGUUUUGGGUUACUCCAUGCAAGGUGCUUUCAAGUUCGGUGGAUACGAGCUUUUCAAGAAGACCUUCAUUGAUUACCUCGGCUUCGACACUGCCGUCAAGUACAAGACCGGUGUCUACAUUGCUUCUGCUGCUAUUGCCGAGUUUUUCGCUGAUAUUGCACUUUGUCCAUUGGAGGCCACCAGAAUCAGAUUGGUGUCGCAGCCAUCUUUCGCCAACGGUUUGGUUGGCGGUUUCUCCAGAAUUGCCAAGGAGGAAGGUGUUGGUUCGUUCUACAACGGUUUCACCCCAAUCUUGUUCAAGCAGAUCCCAUACAACAUUGCCAAGUUCUUGACCUACGAAGUUGCUGCCGAGGCCAUCUACGGAGCCAUCCCAACUCCAAAGGAGAAGCUCAGUGACGGUGCCGUCACUGCCGUUAACCUCGGUGCCGGUGUUAUCGCCGGUUGUGCUGCUGCCUUUGUCUCUCAACCAGCCGACACUUUGCUGUCCAAGGUCAACAAGACCAAGAAGGCUCCAGGUCAGUCCACCAUUGGUCUUUUGGGCCAAUUGGCCAAGGAACUUGGUGUCAGAGGUUCUUUUGCCGGUUUGCCAACCCGUUUGAUCAUGGUUGGUACCUUGACUUCGUUGCAAUUCACCAUCUACGGUUCUUUGAAGAAGACCCUUGGAUGCCCACCAGCCAUUGAGUUGGGUGCCGGUGGUCACUAA